AAUGCUUUUACAGGCCUUUUCAGCCAUUUUAUUUAUUUCUUGUUUUUUAUUUACAAAUUGUUCAAUUAAUGAUAAAAUGUUUGGAUCGUUAAGUUCUGUUAAAGUAAUUAUGGAGGAGGAUAUAGAGAAGGUUUCGGAAAUACCGGUUAAUUAUGUGGAAGGAUGUAAAGGGAUAUUAUUUUGUUAUCCCAGCCAAUUUUCCGCGAAUUCUGAAAACAAUUGGAAACCUAAUAAAGCCUUUGAAUUAACAAAAAAAGGUGCAAGUAACCUCUGUCUAAAUUCUUUAAAAGAAUCAACUGAAUAUGAAAAACUUAAAAAUAUUCAAUGGAAUAGGGUGAUGGUAUUUAAAGAAGGAAAAGAAAAUUUGGAAAUAUUUGCUGAUAUAUUCCCUGAAAAUGAUCAAAUUCUUCUACACAAUACCACAACAUCGGUACUCUUCAAUUUCUUGAUAGGAAAGGAUAAUUCACUCAAAAAAAAGAUUUUGUCGGAAAGUAAAAUUGAUAGAGAAUAUUUUAAUGUUGAUAAAAAUCCAAAGCCUUUGCUAGAUGAUUAUCCGGGCAUUUUGGCAUUGAAAUUGGAUAUUAUGUUAGGGAAAUCCAAAGAUAUCAAGACAAAUCCAAUAAACCGACAGUUUAUUUGGAAGUUAAUAGAUAAAUGUGUUGUAAAUAAGGAUAUGUUCAUUACCAAUAAAAAGUUUGUUGAAAAUCGAAUAGAAAUAUGGACAUCAUUAUUUAAUCUUGCUUGUGAUGGUGCAGAAUUUCGGAAGGAUGAUCGCUCAAAAAAGUGUACAUAUAAAUCUGAUGAUACAAACAAAAUGAGAUAGUAAUACCUUAAAAAUAUGCUUA